AUGUUGCUGAAGGUGAAAUACCAGAGUACCAGAAAGUACAUCAGAUUACAGUCAGGUUUCACCUUUUUGGAUUUCAUCAGUGAAGUUCAGAGGAAUAUGGUAAAAAAUGCUUUGCUCAGGAAACCUGGAGGUGAGGAUGUCAUUGAUGAGUACAAGUCACAAAAUUCGCUGAGCCAACGCACCCGGAGACAGCUUGUUAACAUAUUGACUAGCCAUAUGACUGAAAAUCAUGGGCGGAUGCCUUCCCGUAAGCAGAAGGAGAAGUAUGCCCUGGGAAUUGUUGCACUCUUUCCCUCGCUGAAGGAUCCUUUUUCUCCGAAAGGCUAUCUGAAUCAAGACUUCCUGCUGCUGUUUGGAGCUGAAACAGCCUCCAAGAUGCUUGAAAAGUGGGACACAGCAUUUAGGCCCAAAGUUAUCAAAGAGGCCAAACAACUGACUCAGUCAACUGAGCUGUCCCGACUUAUGAAAGCUGCUGAGAAACUCACAGACAAUGAUGACACCACUGGACGGAAGAGGGUCAAGAUAAGUCCCAGUGAUGCAGUGGACAAACUGGUACACUUUCACAAGUCAUGCUGCAGCAUCGAUGAACACCUGCGAAGAGGAGGGGGUAAACAACCAUAUAUCCUUGCUGCUGGCCGAACCCAAAACAGGAUUGACACUUUCUACAUCGUCGUGGACAAACGGCUCAUCCCUUGCCAAGCUACCAGCUCGUUGGGUGCUUUUGAUGAACUCUUUAAAUCCCACUACGUGUUCAACCUGUCGUUUGAUGAGUCUCUGGUCCAGCUCUACACUUUUGUGCAGACAACCAUCUAUAACAUUGAUGUUACCACAACAGACGAGUCCCCAAGAAUUCGUGAGUUGCGUGCAAAACUCAUCAACUAA